AGAGCAAGAGCUUGAUUCGAAAGAUGCUAUCAUACUGCAUCAGUUUUCAAGGCCUAGCAAUGGUGUUCCAAGUUUAUCUCCAUUCUGUCUGAAAAUGGAAACCUACUUGAGGAUGGCGGAUUUACCCUACCAGAACUAUUUUGAUGGAAAACUUUCUCCUCAAGGGAAAAUGCCUUGGAUUGAAUACAAUCACAAGAAAGUAUCUGGCACUGAGUUCAUUAUUGACUUUUUGGAAGAGAAACUUGGAGUGAAUUUAAAUAAACACCUUGGUCCACAUGAAAGAGCUGUUUCCAGAGCCGUGACAAAAAUGGUGGAGGAGCACUUCUACUGGACUUUAGCUUAUUGCCAAUGGGUGGAAAAUCUUCAUGAGACACAAAAGAUGGUUUCACUUUUUGGCCCCUUCAGCGACUUGCUGAAGUGGAUCCUCUGUCACCUGACCAAAGGGAUCGUGAAGCGGGAAAUGUACGGGCAUGGCAUUGGCCGCUUCUCAGAGGAGGAGAUGUACACACUGAUGGAGAAGGACAUGCGGACUCUAGCAGGCCUCCUGGGUGACAAGAAGUACAUUAUGGGACCAAAUGUUUCCACUGUUGAUGCCACUGUCUUUGGGCAUCUGGCACAGGCAAUGUGGACACUACCAGGGACUCGACCAGAGAGGCUAAUCAAAGGUGAACUGAUUAACCUUGCCAUGUAUUGUGAGAGAAUAAGAAGGAAAUUUUGGCCAGAAUGGCACCAUGAUGAUGAUAACACUCUGUAUGAAUCUGAGGAAAGCAGCGAAGCAAGCAAGACUUACUCCCCUUUGCAGGACUUCAGUUUUUAUUCAAGGACAGAAACAUUUGAUGAGGAAGGGAACAGUAUUUCUCAAACGCCUGAUACAGAUUACACUGGACACUCCCUCUUUGAUUCAGAUGUGGACAUGGAUGAGUACAGAGAUCAUGAACAAUGCAAGUGAUGCGUACAAGCAUCUCCCAUUUUUCAGAAAAGCUCUUUUUUGGGAUCAGUCUGAUCAGAUCUUGGGUCAGGAAGAAGUUUAUACCACUUUGGAAGAGACCAUUGUGCUUGAUUCGACUGUCACAUGCUACCUGGACUAUUUCAACCUUAUUUCGUUUUGUGUAACUGUUCAGGUGGAACCAAGGUAAACAGUUAUUUAAAACACACAUGAGCAAACUGGAGGUCCAGGGGGCAACAGGACCUUUCAAUCUAUAUUUUUGUUGUGUUCAAAACCAGAUCCUGCAACCAGUUUGGACAGACCCCUGGGAAGUGGAACAUUUGUCAGAGCUGGUUUAUGUUGAUACCUUACCUUUAUAGGAAUGGGUUAAGGACAAAAAUGGAAGAGGCACAACUGGCACACCUUUCUCCUGUGGAAGAAAAUGAUUGAUGCUGUAUUGAUUUGUGGAGUUUCGGGGGAAUUUUACUGGAUAGCUACUUGUACUCUGGGUGCAUAUGUUAUUACAGUGGUUGCAGGAAAGAACUUCUUCCAGUUCUUUUGGGACAGUCAAGGAAAGCAGGAGGAAAACCUAUUCCUACAAAAAGGAGAUUUUUAGUGUUUCUUGUUCUUUGCAGAAGAUUGAAAUUGCUACUCUAGAUUAUUUUUAUUCAGAAAGGAGAUGUCAGUUUUAAUGUAUAAUCCCCCAAACACUCAUCUGGAAUGUGUGUUGGCCAAAUUUCUUCUGUGUUACUGAAAUAUGAUUAUUAUUAUGUUUUUAGUUCCUGCCACUGGCUGUUGUCUGCUAUUGCCAGGCAAGGCUAAAGAAUUGGGAUUUGUUACUAAAACUCUGGAGCGUCUCAGCAGUGGGUGCUUUGUGUUCUUUACCAACAGACAAAUCAAACUCAUGAAUAUUGCAAAGUGAUUUGAGGUGUUUCUAGGUGUGGGAUACUGUGUAAGUGCAAGAUGUUGGUCCAGGCAAUCAAAUGCAAUAGAGCUGCCUAGGAAGGUGCUUCAGUGGGUUCUGAGCCCUGUGCUGGUUUACAGUGCACAAUCCCUGAAGCCGAUGCAUGGGAGGCAGUUGAGAUAGGACAGCUGUGUCAGCACUGCUGUGUGUGGGGAUUUCCAGGUGCUGAAGGUGUGACCAGAGUUGGCUUUAAGGUGACUUUGCUAGCACAUCCGUGAAUCUGGAACCCUAAAUCCAGAAUGAUGGCACAGGUGCUGACAUACUCUGUGUCUCCCUAAAUGCAGGUUAGAGAUGAGAAUGAAUCUAUUGGAUCUACUUAUUACUUUGAAAGUAAACAUGUACAUUAGUGUUACUUGGCUGUGGCUAGUUGGUUUUAAAUAGAGAUAAAGCAUAUGGAACAUAUAGACAGCUGUGGUAGUUGUAAACAUACGUAUAAAAUUAGGUAUUUGCCUGAAGACUUUGGCAGUGGCCCAUUAAAAAUAUUUUAAUUAUGACUUUCUCAAUGAAUUAGAUGAAUUGGAAUCCCUCAGUAAAAUUAUUGUAAUGUGUUAGUUUUGCCAUACAUUCUGUGAGCAGACAGGGCAGACAACUGCUUUAGGAUAUUAAUUGUUGGUAGUCCUAAUAGCCUGGAGCUUGAAAUAACUCCAGCUUUCAAAGAAUGCCUCUCUUUCUUGGACUGUGGAAUGUCUUCUGCAGAGGAAAGCACUUGCUCUGGGGAAACGCUGACCCAUACCUCUGAGAGCAGGAGGACACAUGCCUGCAGUGAAUUCCCAGGUCUGUUCAUGCAUGGGAGCUAUUGCAGGGAGAGCUGACAAGUUUGGUGUGAUGUGAGAUGAGUGUGAAUUUGUACCUGUUUACUCAAUUCUCCAGGCAUAUCCUUGGAGCCAUGUUCCAGUCAGUGGUCUACGUUGUUGUGAGCACAUACCAUUUUCAAAGUGAACCAAAACUGAGGAGGAAGGGAUCUUUCAUUCAGUUACUUGGGACCCUUCUCAGGAAGCUAAGCCCAGGAAUAGGACACAAGAAGAUAAGUCUUGGGCUUGAAAGCACAGAGGUCAUGGCCUGAAAUGCCAUGAAAUUUCAUAGCCAAGUCAGGGUAGAUUCCAUCUGCAAAAAUAUAGGUAUUGGUAUUCUGGAUAAAAGGCAUCCAUGUCAAAAAGCUUCUCUUUAAAAAUGUUUGUGUGUUGGAAAUUCUGACGGAGACGUUCUUGUUUACCCAUGUGUGUUUGAAGGCUGUUCUUUCUGUGCUUUCUCCAUCUUUUCAGCAUUGGGAGGGUGUUCUUGCAGCAGAUCAGUCCCAGCCAUGAGUCCCAGUUAUUAAAAGACCAGCUGGAGUUUGGUUGACAGUAUCACCUUUAUAAUUUUGGUGGGCUGACAGAUCUGCCUGUGUCAGUGGCCCUUGCAAUGUCCCGAAACACAGGUUAACCAGAAGUCAGCAACGUUAUUUUACCCUACCAUGCGCGUGCAGCUGGAUCUGGAUUUUGUGUACACGGAGCACAGACCGAGGAGACGCCAGUGCUGUGCACAGCCGGUGUCACACCAUGGCCUUGCUUGUCUGGCAGCGCUCAGAGCUGCGGGCACGGUGGGUAGGGCUGGUGCCGCCGCACCCCGGCACGGGGACCUGCGCCAAGGAUGUAGGUGCUUCGCAGGCCCGUGGUUACGUUCACACCUGGUAUUUUUUUGCUUUUGUUUCAUAUAACUGGCAUGCCUCAGCAGAGGCUGAACUGCACCCUGACCGGCCAGGAAAUGGACGGGGGUGAAGAAGAAAGGAUCGGAAGCAGUUGCAGAAGGAGAAGCAGCUUUUUGCUGUCGACUGAGUUUUUCACUGUGUUAAUCAGUGAGGUGAAUGUAUUUUGCAGCUCGUCACAUGCCUUCCCUUUCUGAGGGACUACUCAGGUUACCUUAGAGGAGAAGUUGGUUGGGAGAAAUUAGUUGGGUUUCUCCUUAGGACAGCUACUCUUGAUAAAGUCUGUGUUUUGUGGUUUGGCUGUGUUUCAGACGAGAAGAGAAAUUAGGAAAUAGCAUCUCAUUAGGAAUUUAUAGCUGUAGUAUUUUGUCCAGGUUUGGUAGGAAUUUCUUGGAUUUAUUUACCCCUUCCGGAAACAAAUACUGACUGUUAGACCUCUUUAAAAGGAUUUAAUUCAAGUUUUUUGUUUGGAAGCUGGUCUUGGUAAAGUCUUCCAGGGAAAAAAAAAGUUUUUUUAAAAAAUAGCUUUUUUAACAUCUAUGAAAAAAUGUUAGUUCUUUUGGUUUGCAUGGGGAAGGAGGUGAGUUUUCUUCAAAAAAAACCCACCAGAUUUUUUUCUGACUUUCCAAAAUUCUGCUAAAAGACCAAUGUUUUCUUAGUCCUGCAGUGGUUUGUUUUUUUUUCCCUUUGUUUCUUUCCCCUUCAAUCCUCUCUCUUUUUAUCCUGGUGUUGAAGGGCUAUACAGAACUAAAAAUAAUUGGGAGAGUAUCUUUAUUUCCUCUUGGGUUCUUUUUUUGUUGUUUGUUUGUGUGUGGUUUGUUUUUUUCCAUCUCCCUUACUGAUGAAAAUGGUGAACAAGUCCAUCGUAGGGAUGCUGAAGGUUCUGGUCAUGCUACUGAUGGGGGUCAGGGACAUCAGUUGUCUCUGCAGCUGUGAAACCUGGGACAGCUGUGGGGUGCCGACCACCUGGCAGGUGAGCUGGGGUGGCCACUUCACACUGAAGCUGGAGGGUGAUGGAUGCCAUGGUGUCAUGUCUGAGGUGACAUGGACUACAUAACAUUUUUUUCCUGGCUGGGGAUCCUCAUGGCCGGACACUCAAUGUGGUGUAAUGUUAGGAAGAGUUCAGGGACCCUUGUCAUUAAAAUCAGAUGUCUAUGAGGUCUCUGAGAGCAUUGCAGCUGCCAGCACCAAACCUGGUUGUGGUCCCAGCCACAGCCCCAGGCUGGUUUUGGGUAGUUGGUGGCACAUGGUCCUGGUGGGACGAAAGCUAGCUUGGGGAUCCUCCACGCUGUCUGGGCCCUCCUAAAAUAGAGCCAGGGGGCCCUUUGACAGUCAGGGGAGGAGGCAGUGGGUGGGAUGUGGGGAGGGUGCUGAGUGGUGGGUUGCUACAGGACGACCCGGGCUGAACCUGCGGCCUGGCUAACGCUACUGUUUGGGGGCUGGGUGGGAGCUCUGCCCUGUGCCCCAGCUGGAGCACAACCUCUCAUCGUGGUGAGGAGAUGGCGCUGUUCCUCCCGGUUACUUCACCAUAAAUGCUGCUGAAAGCCGAGUACUGCCUUUGUUUUUGUAGUGCUGCUUUAACAGAAUGAGUAAUUGGUCUGCUCCUCAUUUGGCAAAUGGGAGUUUAAAGCAAGCACUGCGUUUUCAGUAGAGUUAGAUUUGAAGCAGUCUGUUUUUUCAUGUGAAUUGCAGUGUUUGACUGUGUAACGUUCUGUCAUGUCAGAAAGGAUUCGUUUACCCCUGUCAGACUCAUUGGCUUUGUCAGCAGAGCUCAGUGUUACCGGGUGGGGGAAACAGGCGCUAGGAUGUAUAGGUCCUACAGAAAUCCUACAAAUGUGGUGCUUGAUUUAAAAACCAAACUGAACCCGAUGUUUCAGAUCUGUAGGACUGUUUCCAUCCAAUUAUAACACUGCAAGUCACAUGUUUUGAUCUUUAAACCUUGGCAAUGUCCCUCCAAAUCUAUAUUUUCUUUGAAAAAAAAUUGCCUGAAAUAUUUCUGCAGCAACAGUUCAGACACAAAUUUCCUUUUGUCAGUGAUGUCUGCUCAAGUAAUCAUGACAGUUUCAUACUGUUUUCAUUGAAAGGGCUGUAUCUGUCAGAUACUAAGCCGUACAAAAUAUUGCCUGCUGGAAAAGUGUGUUAUGUGCAGAUUUAUGCAGGGCAGCUCACCAAGUGAAAUCUCUGUGGCAGGGGAUGAAUUCAAGUGCAUCUUGUCCUUAGAUGUUUGAAUAAGAAUUUGAAUCUGUUUUCUGACAAGUAGCUAUUUAGCCUAAACCCUCCCCCAUCCCCAAAUACUGCAAAAUUAUGAAUUAGGCAUGUGAUUGAAAUAAAGCAAAUUAUGCUCUCUAAAUGCAGAAUUAUGUUGGAUGGCCCAGUAUCUGGCAUAUGGAAAUGGAUAUACAUAGCGUGGGUGCGAGUCAUGCCCAUACGUGCCAGUGGCGGUGAUCUGGAGGAGUAGAAGUGUUUAAGCCCAUGGGCUGAGAGGACUCGUGGUACCUUUGAAUGACUGCAGUGGUUUUCAGCAGAUGAUUAGCACUACAGAUGCUGGUGUAUGCUGUGCUACGCUCCAGCUAUUUCUUAGUGCUGGGUAGGCAGCGCAGGGGCUCCUUUUGGUAGCGGCCGCUCCGGUGAGGCUGUCAGGCGUUGUCAUCCCACACCCGCGCUGCAGUCGUCUGCAUCCUGGUGAUGAAUGGCAAGGACAAGGAUCUCUUUGGGUUUGACCAUUGCAGCGAGCACAGCUUUGAGCUCAGAGGUGAAUGUGGGCUCUCAUGUCCAGCUGGUGCCCUGUUGAGGCAGGUGUUCCCCUGUACCGCAUGGGUUGCUGUUGGGAGGGGGGAUUUAAUUUUCAGGCCAGUGACCCUAAGAAUUUACAGCUUUGUCUUAGUGGAGAAAAGCGUUCCAACAUGAAUCAGCUCUGUCUUGGUUGUUUUUGGCAAUCUUCUCUUUGGCCAUUGGGGAGGGUUUCUCUUGCCUUCCUUCCCUGUGGAAGUACCCUCAGUGCUUCUCAGCAAAGGUUUAUGCAGCUCCCUGAGGAGCUGGAAAAUAAAUGAGAUUUCUGUGUACAGCACAGGAAUCUCAGUCGAUGAAAGCAUGCAGUGUGUCACUAGAGUGCUAAACUCUUGGUAUCAUGUACUGGUUGCCCCACUGCCAGAUUUUUUAAGGCCAGAGGAGAUUGUUACAGGCCUUUAGUCUGACUCAUGCAUAAAAAGGACUGUAGGAUUUCAUCUAAUGAUUUCUAAAUGCAGCUCAACAAACUAAAGCUGAAAUGGAGGAUAUGCUUCCAAAAGGCAUUCAAUUUUUGCAGAACAAAUAAAAUCCUGUCCCCUUUGAAGUCACUGACAAAAGUUCCAUUUGCUUUAGCGGGUCUAGAGUUCCUGACCGAGCUUCCAAGUGAUCCAAAAUUUACUGCUUGUCUUAUUACUCUGUCUAAUUAUUCUCACCUAAAAAUUUGCUUUAUUUGGGGCCAUAAGGCAAACAAUAUGUGACCGCUGUUUUUUUUAAACCAAAAAAAGUGCUUUUUUUAAGCUUCAGUGGUUGUGUUGAUAUUCUCACUGGGCACUAUGUUU